AUGUCAUCAGGGCCACCGAUGAGCUAUGUGAAAUGGCGUCGCACCAUUGAUGCAAACGCCAAUGAACUGAUCUUUGAAGGUGUCAUCGACCCUGAUGAAGAAGAAGAGAACAAGCUCCAUUUUGGAGAACCAAGAAACAUCAUCACUGAGUUUUGGUUUACUCCACCACCUGAGGCAAACCACUACUACUACGGCUAUGACGAGACCAUUCGUGAAAUUGAGCCAGGAUGGGACGGUUCAGAUGAAAAUUACCUGCCUCCCACCAAGCGCUACUACCAGGUCUACGUCGAGCAACUUGCCUCCAGUGUUGAUGACCUGCUGAGCCGCCUGUCAGAUUCAGACACCGAUGUUGAUGACUACAAGACUGGCAAAAGGCUCACAAGGCAGGAGAAGAAGCAGAUUGAAAAAGAGUUGAGUUUUCACGACAUUUUGUCGCAAUCAGAAGAGUACAUUCAGAAGUUCAUUGAAUCGGCACAGAAAGAGGAAACCAGCUUUCUGGAGUGGAAGUCAUUGAAACCAGUUCCUCCAGAAGAGACGAAACGCAUCCUCUCCGACCCCGAGCAGAAGAAGAGAGUCAUUUCUUCAAGGGCUUGUUACAGGGACAAAAACAAAAAUGUCCCACCACUCAAAGCCAAAACCAGAAUUGUAGCAAGGGGCAAUCAAGAUCCUGACUUGAAAAGCCUAACACGGCAAGCACCAACGCCAACCCGUGUCAGCGAGAUGAUGACCUUCCUCAUCUUCCUCUCAGGAUUGCACUCCAAGGCCUUCCGGAGUGACAAGGUUUGGAAGUUGUGGGCCGGGGACGCAUCCACGGCGUUCUUGCAAGGACAGCAGGACUUGAGCGAGAGGGCAGGCAAGCUUUACCUCAAAGCACCACGAGAUCCCUUGCUGAUCAGAGCUGGUGUUUUCAAAAGCGAGCUGUAUGAGAUACUGGGAAAUGUGUACGGCCUCAGCAACGCCACUUGGGCACAGGAAGUCACCAAGAGGUUGGUCAAUCUGGGAUUCAUUGUUCACAGUUUUGAUCGUAUGAUGUUUUGGUAUCCUGACCCAGACAAUGCACCAUGCCCAGCUGCAGUUCUCAUUUGCUACGUUGAUGAUUUCCUCAUCACCUUCAACACCUCCUUCCCAUUCCAACAGUUUGUUGACUCCUUCAAGUGGGGCUCGCAACAGUUUCUGGAACAAGGUUCACCGUUGGUUUUCAAGGGCAAAGAAAUUCACCUGGAACAGACUGGCGACGUCCAGACCCUCAGGAUUGUCCAAGAGACCUUCAUCACCAACCUUGAGAUGGGACAGGUUGGAAAGAAGCAGAACAAGGCUGAAGUUCUUGCCAGCCAUGUUUGGCCGGAAUUCAGGUCGAUCAGCGGUUGCCUACAGUGGCUGUCAGGCCAGACACGUUUGGAUAUUUCAUCAGCUGUUUCAUUGUCCAAUCGAGGACAGGAGACGACCUAUGCCGACCUUGACUGUUUGUACAAGACGCUGCAACAUGUUAAGGAUACAUCCAAGCUUGGCAUCCGGCUGUAUCCAGGGCCGAUUGAUGAGAGCACGGUCGUGAUGGCGUACUCCGACGCCAGUUGGGCGAACGCUCAGGGGAGCGCCAGUCAGCGUGGACAGAUUAUCACGCUGGCGCCAGCGACCGUGACAGAGAAGCCAUGCUAUGGUGGGCUCAUGUACUGGAAGAGCUCUCGCAGCAAGCGAGUAUGCAGAUCGACGUUGGCCGCAGAGGCCGUAUCAGCCGACAGUGCUGCAGAUCGCUUGGCAUACGUCCAGUAUGCGCUGGGAGAGUUGGUCUUUGGAGUUGCUGCCCACCGAGUGGGCCCUCGCCUUCGAGCUUUGUUGGCAACUGACUGCAAGUCGCUGUAUGACAGCGUUUCAAGCCCGAACCCGACAGUUGAAGACAAACGCAGUCUGGUCAACAUCCGCUCCAUCCAGGAGGUGGUAAGCCGCAACACCAUCCACUGGAUUCCGACGGCCUUGCAGAUGGCCGAUUCGUUGACUAAGGUGUCAGCCGACCUUCGCGACACCCUGUUGAGCUGGCUUCAAAAGCCGGUGAUCCACCUUCGUGAAUGUGGCAGUGGCAAAGCGUCCAAGAGCUCUGUAGGCAUUGAGUACAUUGAGCAAACAUUGAAAUCAGGGCUGGCCACUCGUCUCGUUUAUCAGAAGCGGAAGCUGAUGAGCGACUACGAAAGCAUUGUUCGACAACCGUCGGAGUCGGUCAGGGCUUUCGCAAAUCGGUAUCGACGAGCUGAACAAGCACUGCAGAGUGUCUCCGUCGACAUCCGUGGGAUGUACGACGACGAAUCUCGAGGCAACAGAUUGCUCGAGAGAAGCAGGUUGAGCCCAGAAAACCAAAGAUUGGUAUUGAUCGGUUCUGCCUACAACCUUGCCUAUGAGGUCGAAGACGACCAGCUGGAAGCCAUUGAAGAGGAAGACGAUCCUCAUGAGUCCGAAGCUGAACAUGAGGCCGAGCAAGAAGAUGAUCAAUACGAUCAGCAGGAACUGGCCGAUGAAGAGGCGCCGGAAGAGUCCUUUGCAGACAUUGCCGAGGUCCUCACGGUGACAGCAAAGAAGUUGCAGUCGCUUACAUUGGGGCGCAAGUUCAGUGGAUCCAAGUCGAUUGAAGAGCGAAAGAAGACAAGUACAUGCGCUGCUUGUGGACAGGUAGGCUUUUCAGUUCGGCAGUGGAGCACCUAUGCAGGCCCAAGAAAGCAUCCACCGUUCUCGCAGUCGCAGAUGUUGCGACCAACUCCUCCGAGAUGGUUGAAGGCAUGGCGCCAGGUCAUCCAGACCUUGCUGAGUUUGGAGUGGCUCUCACUCCAAUGGAUGUCCAAGAUGGUCAAGCUGCAAGCAGGCAGGUUCACACGAGCCUGGAUGACACUGCACGAGACCGUGGCACAGCAGGAGGUCGACAAGACCCUAGCUCGGAUGAAGCGCGAGCCACCUUCGAGCAGCUUGGGGGCGUACGCAGUUCAAGCAUCUCAAGCGGCUCAAGUCGUGAUCUACUCGGACGAGGAGGAGUACAUGGACGACAGUCAAGUGAACAGCCAGGACGAGGAGUGGAACUGGGAGGAGCAUCAACAGCCCAUCCAGACUCAGGGACCCAUCCGGCCGGGACAACAGAAAGAGCUCCUGGGAAGGAUUCGCAAAGCCGCCGAAGCAGAGUGCACCAUGUAUGAGGACAACACCAACUACAAGGACAGGCCUGAAGAACUGGCCGAGAGACGUGCUUUGGAGAGGCCUGUUGUUGAAGAAGCCAUGCAGUGGUGUCGAAUGCAGCGCCAAGCAGGACGCUACUAUCUCAUAGAGAAUCCUCAGACUAGCCGUUUGUGGGACGAGGAAAGUGUCCAAUCCAUGCUGCAAGACACCGGAGGACAGACAGUCACCUGCCAUUCAGGGGCUUAUGGAGCUAUGAACUCGAAAGGCAACCCCAUCCGUAAGACCUUUCGUUUUGCCUCCAACAACAAGGACAUUCUCACCUUCCUCCAGGACAAGCUUUCAGCAGAAGAGUUGAAGUUGCGCGCAGCGCAAUCCGACCUCAAGAAGGUUUAUGCCACCUUCACCCAGCCAGUGUUGGACCAGAAGCCAUGGCAAGACGUGAUCGCCCAAGCCAGAACUCUAUUUACCUCAUCCUCAACGAACAACAUCAUUCUUGAGGCCUCCAGCGGCCUAUACAAGAAGAUUCAAGAGCUACUGCCAUGGGAGAUCACCAGGUUGCAAGUUUGUUUGCGACCACUGGUACAACGACUGCCACAGCACGUACCUCACACACACCGAGGUCAUGUGCUCAAGUUUGUGGGAAGAGAAGACCUUUCCAUCAUGGCGGAGGACCUAGCCGACAUCCAUUUCCCACGGGGUAGAUUCGAAGCUCCAGUGGAACUGGCAAUCUUCUUCUACGGCUAUCCCAGCUUGUCUGAUGAGCAUCUUGGCAUUCCAGGAGAGGAAGCAGCCUUGCAUGACCAAGAGCCACAACAAGCAGAGCACCGCCAGAAUCCCACCAAGGAGAUCUUCCACGAUGAGAUCUUCUUCCCAAACACCCCUGGCAUCGAUCGCACCAUCAAAGCGUCAGUUGCCAGGAUGCACAAGAACAUGGGACAUUUGCCGCCCAAUGAGACGAUCAAGCUGUUUUGUUUGAACGGCAUUACCAGUGACCAGGUGAUCAAGUGCACCAAGGCUAUGACUUGUUCGGCCUGCGAACAAGCAAAGCCUCCCAAGCCGCCAAACCCAGCUUCAUCACAUCCCCAGUACUUGGGACAAUUCGCAGACAAUUUGCAAGCAGACAUCUUCUACCUCAGAGAUGCCACAUCCAGGAACCAUCCAGUCCUUGGCAUCAUAUGUGAAGCCACACAUCUUCACGCAGCAAUCAGGCUGGACUCCAGACAGCCGAUCCACCUAGCUCAGGCCUUCCGCAAUGCCUGGGUGAGAAACUUUGGAUUCCCGCUGAGACUUUCAGUGGAUGAUGAUGGCGCAUUCAAGUCCAACUUCAUGGACUACUGCGAUGAAGGAGGAGUCUUUUUGGACUUCAUCCCUCCGGAAGCUCACUUCAAGCUGGGCACCAUAGAGCGCCACAACGGCACACUUCGAAUGCUGCUGGAAAAGAUCGUUGACUCAACCCCAUGCAGCACACCAGAGGACCUAGACAAUGCAAUCGUCUCGGCCCUAUACUCCAAGAACUCAGCAACCUGGACUUCAGGUCGCCCUCCAUUCAUCGCUGCCUUCGGAAAGAUCCCAAGGGUAGGACUUGACUUCAUCAACGACCCAAGAGCUUUGAUUGCAGGUUCUUCGAGGUCUGAAGCACAGCAACAGGCCGCAAUGAUGAGAUGUGAGGCCUACAAGGCCCUGGCCGAAGCAUCCUCCACCCUCAGACGCGCACUGCUGAGGAAGACCAAUCAGCAGCCUGCUGAACCACCAGAACCUGGGUCGCUCUUGGCCUACUGGAGAUGGACGGUCAGAAGCCACAGAAAACGAGGUGGCUACCGAAUUGCAAGAUACUUGGGCAAAGAUCCAGACAACAGCAGUUACUGGAUUCAGUCCGGGAGCCACACCAUCAAAGUGGCACCAAAUCAAGUGCGCAAUGUUUUUGGGUAUGAGGAGUAUGUUCCAACCCGUGAAGAUGUCAAAGCGCUCAAAGCUGCAGAAGACAACAUCCGCAGCGACCUUUGGCAGGAUCAUCGACUACCUCCAGAGGCAGAGCCACCAUUGCCCGAUGAGGAGCCCGAGAUCCCGCCAGAAGAUGCAGCAGCCUUUGAACUGGCUGAUGGAGACUUUCCGUCAGUGGAUGCACCGCUGACAACACCUGAGGUUCAUGAACCACCACCACAUGAACCACUUGUUCUGCCGCUGCCCAAGAAGAGUCCAGCGCUGGCGAUCCAAGAUCAAAGAGAGUCUUUUGACCCUUCGCAACCUUCAGCACCACAUCCAGGUGAUGGUGAGAGUGCGCCUAACAAUGCGGCUGGGUGGCUCACACCGCAUGGCCUUGAUCCAUCACCGCCUCAAGCACUACCAGACCAGCCAGUUGACCUCACAGGUGAUGAUGAUGAUGGACAGCCAGACCUGUCCAGAAUAGUUCCAACGACCCCACAAGGCAUUGCAGACGAGCCCUUGCCUCAGCUUCCGGCCAAGCGGCCAUUCGAUGCUUUGAAGGCAGACGUCUCUGCCCGGAUGAACGCUCCAGGUAGCUUCGAGCUCUAUGGCUACCAGAGCGAUUUUGCAAGACCUUUUCAGAAUUUAGAAUGCUGGGCACGGCUCGACCUUUGUGUUUCACAACCUCCCCUGAGGAUCCUAGAUUGA